AUGCUGGUCUUCGCAGUUGCCGCUGACGUUGCAGCGCUGCGUCGCGCUGUCGCCGCUGUGGCGGGGCGGGCAACAUCGACGAACUACGCUGACGAGCUUCACAGAGAAGACGGAGGAGCUGCUGAUCAGACAAGUGCAGCAGCGGGUGCCACUCGAGGUGUACUCAGUGAUGCCGCGUGGGUGUUUGCUUCCGUUUCAGGUUCAUGUAGCUUGGCUGCCAUGCCAGACUCGCCGAGCCGUUUCUCGGCCGCUCGGUAUGAGGCGGCGGCGCGCGAGAUGCGGCAAUGGCAGCGCCUGCUGAGCCUGGCGCGCUUACCUCACCUGCAUGCAGGUGUCUCAUGCACCAGCGGCCCUGCAACUCGCGAUAGGCAGGCCAACGACGCGACUUUGAGGGCGCGCGCCAGUGCGGCGGCAACAGAAGCUGUGGACGAGUCGCUUUCUUGCGAUCAACACGUUGACAGAGUUUCUAGUGCUGAGAGCACUGAACACUCGUCCCUAAUGUGGACGCACGUUCCACACACUACUGCAGGUGCCGAGUUUGCCGACUUUGAUUUCAGUCGCUCUCUGGUCUGCGCUGCACGUCGCGGCGUCGCCGCAGAUGUCUCUCCCCCUGCAGGGCAUCAUCUGCUGUGCAUCGACGUUGGCGGCGUCUACCUGGCGAGCUCCCGGACACACCAUGCGGCAGGGCCUACACAGACUGCACCGCCGCAGCCCGCAGAAGCAGCCGCGACGAAGACAGCAGGGAAGUCAGAGCGUGCCUCGAGGAGGCCGAGGGUGACGCGCGUUGGGCACGGCGGUGCCCCAAAGGAGCAGACAGCAUCCCUCGCUGCACACCUAAGCAACGUCAACGCCAUGAAAGGUGAGAGGGGAGCUGAGGCGUCGCAGGGCCUAUGGCGCCUGCUGCAACAGCGCUUUGCGACUGCCACACGCACUUGUCCGUUCAGGACGGACGCCGGCGCCACAGCGUUUCCACUGACGCUCACGGAGGUAUGGGUGAUACCCCUGCUGACUGCGGAGCGCGACAGCGAAGAGCCCUUGCACAGUGCAGCUCUGGGUCUCUCCGCGUUUCCGCUGCUUGUGCAGGACGAAUAUCACCGCAACUCCGCUGAUUGUGCCGCCGCCGAGGGUGACAGCGUGCAAGUCGUCCGCCUAGCGCGCCACCCCCCAUCCCACAUGCUUCGCCUCGCUGUAGAUGACGGCGCGCAUUCAACCGACCCGUCGUCUUCUACCAUGUGCCAGGCGGCCGCUCUUCGGUCGCGCAAGAGGCUCCGUGACAGCACGGCGGGGCGACAAGAUGAGGCAGAGGGGCGUCAGCGGCUGGCCGCACACGCGACACCUUUGUUGCCGGCCGCCGUGUUUCUGCACUCUUGCCGCUGCAACCGCGGAGGCGCCGACCCUGCGGCACCGGAGGUAUCUGCUCUGCGACUUCGGAUACUGGAGCGCGACUUCCUGCUUCGCAGCUGUUACUUCUCUGAGUGGUGCUGCGCCGCUGACUUUGACAUCACAAACGGCUUUGUCAGUCCACAUCUGGGCAAGUGGACAAGGAGUGCAACGGCUUAUCACGCCUUCUACAGUGCGCUGCGGCGGUGCGUACUGGCCGAGGACGCGCUUGUGCGGCACUCGAUAGAGGAGGAGGCAGGAAAGUGGGUCGCGUCGUUCGGGUCACUUUCUGGAACCGUCGUCACGAGCAGCUCCGGAGCAGCCGCGGUGCUGCGCAGCCCCACCGAGGCCCUCUUCAAGGAUAGCGCCCUUGAGGGGCGCAGCGAGGACGACUCAGGUGUUCGCGGGAGUGAGCGGGUGUGGCCUAUAGAGGAGCUGUGGGGCCUGUGGGUGCGACUGGGGUGGACGCCUCCAUUGGCGUGGCCGCGUGUGCGUGUGUGCCUGCGGCUCAGUGAGGGCCUUGGCCUGGGCAACGUGGUCCAGAGCUCUAUUUGGGAUCUGUCACCGCGCGCUCUUCUGGCACUUCUGUCACGGGUGGGGGCAGCGGUGAACGCGGCAUACAUUGAGGCGAAGCAGCUGCAGCCGACGCAUGAUCCUCGAGGAGAUUGUCUGGCCGCGGAGAUCGAGAGCGAUGGCGAAGCCGCCGGCGUAGCCCUCGACCGGGUGAGUGACCCGGGUCGUGCUCACAGCUGCCAGGAGCGCAUACCGUCUUCUUCGGCUGCUCGAUGCGAGUCGUCGGUGCAGGUGCAACGGCUGCUUGAGUUUCAGGCAGCGCUCUCCGUCGCCCCAGAAUUUGCAACUGGGCCAGUGUUGGCUGAGCUGUCCGAUUUUGCCGUCGCGGCUCCCUGCGUCCCCACCGUCGACUCGUGCGCCAUCACUGCACCAGGUGACGCUGCUGGGGGCUUUCUGGUUCUCAGCGCCGCCGCACGUGACCUUGCCGUGGACAUUGCCGCCACCAGGGUGCUUCCUACCUCGCAUCCUGUAGCGUCUCCGGCAGGCAGUGUUGCUGAUGUUGUGGCGUUAACCGUGACGUGGCUUCGUGGUGUGCUCGAGUCCCCAGCGUUGCUCAUUCUUCCGCUCGGCGUGUCUGGACAUGUGAAUGAGAGAGAGAGCGCCGAUGACUCUUCGGGCGGCGCUGGCGCGUACCCUUCCCGCAGGAUCGCGAUGGACAAGGAGACAACGUUGCUUACCGCACUGCUCGCGCGUCGAUCGCUAUUUCAGCCAGAGAAGUUGCUUCGGGGUGCACUGGAUAUUUCUUCGACUUCGCAUUCUCCGCAGAUCGCACCCCCGUCCUCGCUGUCCGCCGCUGAGAUGUACUGCGAAGUCGCCGAUGUCGCAGAGCUGCGCUGGUGUUCCCCACAAGCGUCCACGGCGACGGCGACCACCACGGCUUAUCGCGAAACGCUCUCCACCGCCGCUUCGCAGAAUCCUACGCUGCGGUCGCCCAGUUCGGUGUCGUCGACUGCGUCCUGUUGCGCCCUCGCUUGUGUUGAAUUGGCGCGACUGGCACGCACGGAGACGGCCGACGAGACCGUCAACGAGUGCCGUACAUCGCACCAGCAGCUCAGCGCCACAAACCCGUUGGCUGCAUUUCUGUACACGCGUUUCGCUGCAUAUCUUCAAGAGCAAGGCGCCGUGGCCGUCGCGUCACCAUCGGGAGCGGGGAGUAGUGAGGGGGAAGCGCAAGAUUCUGGAAGGGAUGAUGAGCAUAAACCACGUGCUGCCUGCCCGGCGCGACGCUCGGCCGUGACAGUGCCCUCUUCAUCCCAGCCUCCCAUGCUGCGGCAUGAAGACUGUGCUCAGGGCGGAGUGGCAACCGUGUCUUUGCUCGAGAAUGGCGGCUGCCUCAACGACAUGAGUGGGCCGUCAGGGGAUGGCGAUGCGGUCAAGACACUAUUGGCGGAGACCGUGGUGCGCGUCGUUCAGCAGAACAAAUCCGUGGUACGGCGCAUACUAGCUCUUAUUCAAUCCUACAGCGGCGUCAUCGCCGCAGCCACGGCAGAGAGUAAUGGCGGUGCGCGAUGUGCCGCCAGCAUGGACGAGGCAGCGAUGAUAAAGAGCGGUGACACUCAGCCAAAGGACGCCGUUGCGCAGGACUUGUGGCGCUGUCUCGCUCCGGAGGUAAAUGGUGCCAUGUGUGUCGAUGAGGCAGCCAGUCCCGUGUCGUCGUGCGCCAAAGCGGCGGCGCGGCGCCUUGUGCAGGCCUUUUGGGAAAACGUCGCUGCAACCGCCCGCCUACACUUGCGCGACCGGCUGGGUGCGCUGUCAGGCCGUGAGAAGGGUGCUACCAGCGAUUCCGAUGAGGAGGAGUCCGCCAGGCGCUCAGCAUCACCACCGGAGAGGCGGGAUGGCGCGGCCAAUUCGCCAGCGGAAGCGGCGGCGCCAACAUCUUCAGGGAGGCAGCACAGCUCCGCUGCCAAGGAGAGUGGAGCGGAACCCGCGCCGGCGCAGUCGAGCACGCUGUCGCCUUCGUCCCGUGAACAGGUGCGUGCUUCUCCCAGCUUUCCCUUGCUUCCAUCUGCGUCGUUGUCGCGCCGGCUUCCCUCACCGAACCCUGUCGGGCAAUCAUAUGGAGCCUUGAGUCAGGCGGUUCGUGCGCUGGACGGGGCACAGGCGAUGGCCCUGUACAUGCAACACAUUCUGGGGUGCUCCAACGCCGCCGGCCGCCAGCAAGGUCAAACCCGACUUGGCGGCUGCACUUUGCUCAGUUGCGUAACGGAGGCGCCUGGAAGAGCACCACCAACCACGGUGGACACUGCAGCAACGCCCGCCCGUCCUCAGCAGCCUAACCAUUGGCUUCAACAUGCACUCUUUCUUUUGAGCUACGGGCUCGCGUGUCCCGCUGAUGAGCCGGUGACGUCCAGUGCUACAGCAUCCACCCCAGCAAACGCCUCCGCAAAGGGAUGCCUCCCUGUGGGCCCAUACCAAGAAGCAGACCAACUCGCACUACCGCCACCGCCUGCACUAGCGGCGUUUCGCGCCCUACGUUGCGCGAAGAUUUCGCUCGAUGUGUAUAUCGGCGAGGCACUGGAAGUGUACGUGCAGCGGUGGACGCUCAGCGAACAGGCCCGGUAA